CACCUAGUUUUUGUUUAAAACAGAAGUCUACGUUUUGACGAAAACAAACUGCAAUUUCAUUUGUUCUCUUCGUGUUGUAAACAUCUACCCAUUUCGUUUACGCGAUUUACGAUUGUUCUUCAUUUUUCGAUCAAUCGGACGAUCAAUUGUUCUUCUCUCCUUCUCUCUCUCUGACCAAGUCAUGUUCAAGUCCUUCUGGGGUUCUCAUGAGCAGCAAGCUCAGCCAAGUCCACAGGAGAUUCCUACAAAUUCAUGGUAUCCUCCAUCUGUAGUUAGCUCUCCAAGUUCUUCCCGCCCAACAACUCCUAGUAGCACCUCUUCUAGUAGCUUCAGUGUACAAAGGCCUGCAGAUCGGCCAGAGUCACCAUCUCAUGUUUCGCCUGCAGAGGCUGCUGGCAUUAUUGUUCUGUUAAAGGAUAAGAGUGUUGAUGAGUUACGGAAGCUUUUAUCCGACAAAGAUGCAUACCACCAAUUCUUACUUUCAGUUGACCAGGUUAAAAUUCAAAACAAUCUAAGAGAUGAACUUCGGAAGGAGGCUUUGCAGCUUACGAGGGAAAAUCUGGAGAAAGAACCACAAAUAAUGGAACUGCGUAAUCAGUGCAAAAUCAUUCGGACAACUGAAUUGGCUGCUGCUCAAGAGAAGCUAAGCGAGAUAGAGAGGAAAAAAGAAGAGACCCUGAAAUAUUACGCUCCAACAUCCCUGCUUCAUAGGCUUCAAGAGGCAAUGAACAAGACAGAUGAUGAAUCUGAGGCCCUGCGCAGGCAGCUUCUGGAUAAGGAGAUUGAUGUAGGAGCUUUUGUGCAGCAGUACAAGAAGCUUCGUAACACUUACCACAGGCGUGCUUUAACCCAUCUCGCGGCCAAGACAUCAGUAACUGGAUGAGCACAGAGCGAUAGUCCUGUCGUAUUAGUUUGUCAAUCCUCAAACUGGUUUGGCUGUAUUUUGGGCACUUUUUACUGCCUUGCGUCCUCUCUCUCUCUCUCUCUCACACACACGCGCGCGCACACACUUUUUCCCUUGGGCACUGUGAUGAGAUAAUUUCACGAACAGCGGCAGUUAAUUAAUUCAACAGUACAAUGCAGUCUGAAGGGCAUAUUCUUAGGUUAGAUGUAAAACCAAAAUCCAGAGACCAUAGGCCAAUUAUUUUUUCAAGAUCUCGUGUGUGUAAAACUCUAACAAUGAUAGCUUUUCUUUUUUGAUUGUUAUAUAUAUGAUAUUGGGUUGAAUUUUUACUUUUGUAA